CUCAUCCCUUUGCACACUAGUGCGUGUGUUUCUCUCCAGACUUCUCCCCUACCGAACAGGAAUUCAGGCUGACAAAAACAAGAAAUGGGGAUUCCGGCGAGAAGAAGAGGAGCAGGAGGCGGCGGAGUUGUGGCAGUGGGAGCGGAUACACUGAGUGAGAGAGCAGCACAGAUGAGGGAGGCUCUGUUGAAGAGCCAGUCCAUCACAGAUAAUAUGGUAUCCAUUUUGGGAUCUUUUGACCACCGCCUUUCCGCUCUCGAAACCGCCAUGCGUCCAACUCAACUUAGAACACAUGCUAUUCGGAGAGCUCAUGAGAAUAUUGAUAAAACCUUGAAGGCCGCUGAGGUCAUCUUGUCACAGUUUGAUCUUUCUCGCCAGGCUGAGGCUAAAAUAUUGAAGGGUCCACAUGAGGACCUAGAGAGUUAUCUUCAAGCAAUUGAGCAGUUAAGGAACAACGUCCAGUUUUUCAGCAACAACAGAAGUUUUAAGAGUAGUGAUGGAGUCCUCAACCACACAAAUAAUUUACUUGCCAAGGCUAUUUCAAAGCUAGAAGAGGAGUUCAAACAACUAUUAUUGUCGUACAGCAAACCUGUUGAACCUGAAAGACUUUUUGAGUGCCUCCCCAAUUCUAUGCGACCAUCAGAAUCACCUGGACAUUCUACGGGAAAGAUUCAAUCUUCAAGUAGUCACCACGAUAAUCAAAAUAAUACAUCCGAAAGUUCUGUAUACACUACACCAGCUUUAAUUCCCCCUCGAGUUUUACCUCUGUUGCAUGAUUUAGCAUUGCAGAUGGUACAAGCUGGGAAUCAACAGCAGUUACAAAAAACAUAUAGGGAUACCCGUUCUGUUGUUUUAGAAGAAAGCCUGCGCAAAUUGGGAGUGGAAAAGCUCAGCAAAGAUGAUGUGCAAAAGAUGCAAUGGGAAAUUUUAGAAGCUAAGAUUGGGAAUUGGAUACAUUAUAUGCGAAUAGCUGUUAAGUUGCUGUUUGCUGGAGAGCGUAAAGUUUGCGAUCAAAUUUUUGAGGGAUUUGAUCCUCUCAUGGAUCAGUGCUUUGCUGAAGUUACUGCUGGGAGUGUUGCUGUACUACUUAGCUUUGGAGAUGCAAUUGCUAAAAGCAAGCGAUCUCCUGAAAAGUUAUUUGUUCUCUUAGAUAUGUAUGAAAUUAUGAGAGAGCUUCACUCAGAGAUUGAAGCACUUUUUAGAGGCAAAGCUUGCACUGAAAUUAGGGACUCUGCCUUAGGAUUGACAAAAAGGCUUGCUCAAACAGCACAAGAGACCUUUGGCGACUUUGAAGAAGCAGUGGAAAAGGACGCUACUAAAACUGCUGUUGCUGAUGGGACUGUCCACCCUCUAACAAGCUAUGUCAUAAACUAUGUGAAGUUCUUGUUUGACUACCAAUCAACACUGAAGCAACUUUUCCAAGAAUUUGAAAAUAAAGAUGACUCAAAUUCUCAGCUUGCUGCUGUCACAAUGCGUAUCAUGCAGGCUCUCCAAACCAAUUUGGAUGGGAAAUCCAAGCAAUAUAGAGACACCUCUCUGACUCAUUUGUUUCUGAUGAACAACAUCCAUUAUAUGGUCAGAUCUGUACGCAGGUCUGAAGCCAAAGAUUUGUUAGGGGAUGAUUGGGUUCAGAGACAUAGGAGAGUUGUGCAACAACAUGCAAACCAAUAUAAGCGGAUUGCAUGGGCAAAGAUUCUGCAGUGUCUCUCUGUUCAAGGCCUGACAUCAUCAGGAGGUGGUAGUUCGGUUGGUGCCGAUGGAGGAAAUAGUAGUGGAGUCUCUAGAGCAAUUGUCAAGGACAGAUUAAAGACAUUCAACGUGCAAUUUGAAGAGCUUCAUCAAAGACAAUCUCAAUGGACAGUUCCAGACACUGAGCUUCGAGAAUCUUUGAGGCUUGCUGUUGCUGAAGUGUUGCUUCCUGCUUACCGAUCUUUCAUUAAACGGUUUGGGCCUUUGGUUGAGAAUGGUAAGAAUCCCCAGAAAUACAUCAGAUACACACCUGAGGAUCUUGAACACAUGCUGGGUGAAUUUUUCGAGGGAAAAACUUUGAACGAGCCUAAGCGUUAGAUCAUAUGUGAGCUCUACUCUUCCACAAUGGGCUUUAUUGAUGCCUCCUUCAGAUAAGGUGUAUUGUUGCUGAUGUAGGAUAUGAUUUUGGUACGACGUUGUAAUGAGAGCAUUUGUUUUGUAAAGUGUCAAUAAUAUGUAUUAUUGUACAUCAUUAUUAACCAGAAUUGGAAAAUAUUUUGUGUUGUAAUCUUGUAUAGCCAAGUAAUUUGAUAGAUCAUUUGUUCUUUGGCGGAUAAUUUUCUUGUAAGGUGUAUGCAUACCUUUUCAAAUGUAUUUUCCUAUUUCUUAAUUGUCUUAA